AUGGCGGAUGCUAGUUCUAGGAUUAAAAUGUCAUCAUCAGGUAUUACAGCAAUCUCCAGUAUAGAAAAUAGAAGAAGAAAGAAUGUGACAAUUAGAAAACCUAUUAUUCUUGGAACCUAUGCUUUCAUGCUUUCAAUUGCAGAGCAAAAGAAAAGAGGUGAUAAUGCAACUCAUUCUUGGACUUGUUUUUUAAGAUCUCCUGAUAAUGAAGAUAUUUCAUAUUAUGUUAAAAAGGUUGUUUUUUCUCUUCAUCCAAGUUUUCUUAAUCCAAACAGAGUUGUUGAAAAAUGCCCCUUUGAAGUCACAGAAUGUGGUUGGGGAGAGUUCGAUAUUAUGGCAAAAAUUUAUUUUGUUGACUCAUCUGAAAAACCUGUAGAAAUUAAGCAUUUUUUGAGAUUAUACCCACCAGGUACAACUGAUGUAAGAAGUGUAAAAUUCCCUUCAGACAAUACUCCUUCUGAAUGUGUUGCUUCAGAAACCUAUGAUGAAUUCAUUUUCUAUGAGCCAACGGAGAAAUUCUAUGAAAAACUGAUUUCUGGCCCAAUUCAACCCAUGGCUCAACAUAGACUACAACCAUAUUUUCAUAAGACUGAUAAGUUUACUUUUGAAAAAACAUUGGCAGCUGCCCAUGUUUCUAUUCAAAACGAGAUGGCAUCCUUGAGGGCUGAAAUUGCUCAGAUUACUCUAGAUAUUCAAAAUAUUCGUGAAAAUUACUAUUCUCUUAGACCUUCUGAAGUUGCAGGUAUGUUUCCUCAACAAUCUAUGGCUGAUCAAAGUCCUGUAAGUGAAUCAAAGAGCUCACAAAUAAUGCACCAACAACCCGAAUUAAAUCUUCCUCCUGGAGGAACUUUUCCACAAAAGUCUGAAAUUUAUGCUAGAUCUCCACCUAACCAAAAGACUCAAAACUCCAAGUUUCAGGGUCUUACAAAUUCAAGACCAGACUCUAUGAUCGAUCCACAAUUCCAAUCUCAAAAUACUGAUCAAAUUCAUCAGUAUGAUUCAGGAGGCAUUAGUCAAGUUUCUGGGCAGCAAUACCACCAAAACUUUCAGCAACAACAACAUUUCCAAGCUCAUUCCACCACUAAUGAUAUCCCUUCUCAUCAAAUCCGCCAAGGACAUUCCUCGCACCAUCAAAAUAUUUUUGAUAACUCCAAAAUGGUUUCUCAUCUAAGUCAUAACCAUAACACAAAUUCUAAUCCAAACUUUAAGCAGAGCAAUUCAAUAGAUGGUGUCAACUUGGAUAUGAAUAGGCAAGCCCAAUUUCACAUUGCAAAUCAAAUGCAACCUAAUAGAAAUCCAGAAAAUCCACAUACCAUUAUAAACAAUAACCAUGCCCAGUAUUCUAGUCAUGAUCCUAAUCUACCUCCAAAAAUUGAACCUCACAUUUCAAAUCUAAACAACACUAAUAUCCAAUAA